CUGUCCGUACGCCUCUAACAUGGCCGAGCUGCUGCGGCCAAGAUGCUGAGAUUUUUCGUGGGAAGGGAGGAAAACGCGCAGCCAUGGCUAGGUUGGCGGACUACUUCAUAGUGGUGGGAUAUGACCACGAGAAGACAGGUUCCAGCGAAGGUUUUGGCAAAAUAAUUCAGCGUUUCCCACUGACCGAUUGGAGCGAUACCCCUUUCCCGCAGGGAAUAGAAUUGUUUUGUCAGCCGGGAGGAUGGCAGCUUUCCCGAGAGAGGAAACCACCGACCUUCUUUGUGGUAGUUUUAACGGAUAUCGAUUCUGAUCGUCACUACUGUGCUUGUCUGACAUUUUAUGAGGCGGAAAUUAAUCUACAGGGAACGAAACAUCAGAACAGCGAUGGUGAAGAGGACGAAUCAGGCUUAAUCCGACCGGCCCAAGUGUUUGCACCUAAAUGCUUAGUGCUGGUAUCCAGGUUGGACUAUGCCGAAAUCUUCAGGGCCUGCCUUGGUUUACUUUACACCGUUUACGUGGACAGUCUGAACGUGCCUCUGGAGAAUCUAGUCGCCAGCCUUCUAUCCUGCGUGGUACCAUCUGCCGGGGGGUCUCAGAAGUUGUUUUCAUUGGGAGGUGGGGACCGACAGCUGAUCCAAACUCCACUAUCUGAAAGUCUCCCUGUGACUGGCAGUAGCGUGGCCCUUCUCUUCCAGCAAUUAGGAAUUCAGAACGUUCUCAGCCUCUUAUCCGCGGUUUUAACAGAAAACAAAGUUCUGUUCCAUUCCUCCAGCUUCCAGCGCCUUAGUGAUGCCUGCAGAGCUCUGGAAUCAUUGAUGUACCCUCUGAAAUAUAGUUACCCCUACAUCCCGAUCCUUCCAGCGCAGCUCCUGGAGGUGCUCAGCUCUCCUACACCAUUCAUCAUUGGUGUCCAUUCCGUUUUUUGCACUGAGCUUCAUGACCUGCUUGAUGUGAUCAUCGCCGAUCUAGAUGGUGGGACAAUAAAGAUUCCUGAAUGUAUCCAUCUGUCACAGCUUCCAGAACCACUUCUUCAUCAGACAGCAGCUGCUCUCUCACAUGUCUUGCACCCUGACUUGGAUGUUGCAGAUAACGCCUUUCCACCGUUACGUACCUCAGGGUCUCAUGUAAAGAUGUUGGAUAAAGAAGUGCGAGCCAUCUUCCUGCGACUGUUUGCCCAGAUUUUCCAGGGGUACAGGUCCUGCCUUCAGCUCAUCCGCAUUCACUCCGAACCAGUCAUUCACUUCCACAAGACUGCUUUCUUGGGGCAGCGAGGAUUGAUUGAGAACGAUUUCCUCACUAAAGUGUUGAAUGGAAUGGCAUUUGCUGGAUUUGUAUCCGAGCGUGGCCCUCCAUUCCGAGCCUGUGAUCUCUUUGAUGAGCUGGUUUCUUUUGAAGUUGAAAAAAUUAAAGAUGACGAACAGAGCAGUAUCCACGCGAUAGUGAAACGCAUCAGGGAACUUGCAGAGCAACUCUUCAAAAAUGAAAAUCCCAAUCCGCACAUGGCAUUCCAGAAAGUCCCAAAGCCCACGGAGGGGUCGCACCUGCGUGUUCACAUGCUUCCUUUCCCCAAGAUUAUUGAGCACAGAGUACAGGAGCUGAUCCAGGAAGCACUUCACAAAAACCAGAACAGCAACGCCACCACGCGCGUGGAAAAGAAAUGUGUUGUCCCUGCAGGCUCCCCCGUUGUUUCCAUAGUGGACAAAGUAAGUUCCGUUUUCAACAGCGCUCGCAGGCUGGAGGUGGUUCGGAACUGCAUCUCAUACGUGUUUGAAAAUAAAAUCCUAGAGACUGAGAAGACAAUGGCAGCUGCCCUGCGAGCGUUGAAAGGAAAAGCAGCGAGGCAGUGUUUGACAGAGGAAUUGGCCCUUCAUGUUCAACAAAACCGCGCUAUACUCAACCACUCGCAGUUCGAUUACAUAGUCCGCAUGAUGAACUGCACACUUCAGGAUUGUUCAAGUUUGGAGGAAUACAGCAUCGCAGCGCAACUACUACCCCUGGCCACUGCCUUCUGCAGGAAACUGUCCGCUGGAGUUAGUCAGUUUGCCUACACCUGUGUUCAGGACCACUCAAUAUGGACCAACCAGCAGUUUUGGGAAACUACAUUUUACAACAACGUUCAGAAUCAAGUGCGUUCCCUGUACCUUGCGUCAAAAGAGCAAGGAAUAUCUGAAAACUCCAUGGACAAUGGAGUAGAAGCAGAAGGCCAGAAGCAGGAGGCCACGGUAAUGGACCUUGCAGCUGAGCAGUUGCGUCUGUGGCCGACCCUGAGCAAGGAGAAGCAGCAGGAGCUAGUCCAGAAUGAGGAAAGCACAGUGUUCAGCCAGGCAAUCCAUUUCGCCAACCUUAUGGUAUAUCUGCUAGUGCCACUGGACACCAGCAAGAACAAACUGCUGCGGACAUCGGCCCCGGGGGACUGGGAGAGCGGAAGUAACAGCAUUGUCACUAACAGCAUUGCAGGGAGCGUGGCGGAAAGCUACGAUACAGAAAGCGGCUUUGAGGAUUCUGAGAAUGACAUUGCUAAUUCUGUGGUGCGCUUCAUCACGCGGUUUAUUGACAAGGUGUGUACGGAGAGCGGCGUGACUCAGGAACAUAUCAAGAACCUGCACUGCAUGAUCCCAGGUAUUGUCGCUAUGCAUAUCGAAACACUAGAGACGGUACAUCGAGAAAGUCGCAGACUGCCCCCUAUUAAAAAGCCCAAAAUCCUGAGGCCGGCUCUGCUGCCUGGUGAAGAGUUUGUGUGUGAAGCUUUGCGUGUUCUGCUCGACCCAGAUGGUAGAGAAGAAGCGACCGGGGGAAUGCUGGGAGGUCCUCACAUUCUACCAGCAGAGGGAGCUCUGUUUCUUACCACUUACCGAAUCAUCUUUAAAGGGACGCCGCAUGAUCCACUAGUGGGAGAGCAGACAGUUAUCCGCAGUGUGCCCAUCGCAUCGAUAACGAGAGAGAAGAAGAUUAAUGUCCAGAAUCACCUGCAGCAGAAUAUGCAAGAAGGUCUCCAGAUCCGAUCAGCAACAUUCCAGUUAAUUAAAGUCGCAUUCGAUGAAGAAGUCAGCCCAGAAAUGGUGGAUCUUUUUAAGAAGCAGCUGAUGAAAUUCCGAUACCCUCUCUCUGUCUUCAGCGUUUUCGCAUUUGCAACUGGACAAACAGCGCCCUCGAUAAUCCUACCAAAACAGAAGGAAAAGAACACGUCGUUUCGGACGAUCUCAAAAACAAUUGUAAAAAAUGCAAAGCGGGCAAGCAAAAUGACGAUUGGACGGCCAUACGCUACUAAGAAGAAAACUGGAACUAUAUUGGAAGAAAGGGGCAGUCGCAGCGGAGCAAAUGAGGACGAUGACAUUUCUGUUUCAGAUGAUAAUGAGCUUCCGAGUGGAACCUUGAAAUCCUCAGAGAAAUCGACCAUGGAGCAGCUGGUGGAGAGGGCCUGCUUCCGCGAUUACCAGCGCCUUGCCCUGGGAACCAUUAGCAAUAGCUCUACACGCUUAAAAUCUGAGCACUUUAGGAUAACGGCGAUGAACAGGAUGUACUCUCUGUGUAGGAGUUACCCAGGACUUCUAGUCGUACCUCAGUCAGUCCAGGAAAGCAGUCUGCCGAAGGUUGCUCGUUGUUACCGCCAUAAUCGACUUCCAGUUGUCUCCUGGAAGAAUUCAAAAACCAAUGCAGUAUUGCUCCGUUCAGGAGGUUUUCACGGCAAGACAGUAGUUGGCCUCUUCAAAUCACAGAAUACACACAAUGCUGCUCAAGCCUCAUCCUUAGAGUCUUCAAGCAGCAUCGAGCAGGAGAAAUAUCUCCAAGCCUUGCUCAAUGCCAUCUCUAUCCACUACAAAAGUAACGGCAACGGGACACUUACCAUCAGACCGACACUUGUCCUCUCGCCAGGCAGUGAAAGAAAGACAUCGAGAAUGACCGGUGUGGUAAAACAUGUUGUACCCAGCCAUUUGGAUGGCAAUUUAUCCAAUAGCUUUACACGUGGAGGUGUUUGGGCAAGUCUCCGCUCAAGCAAUAGGUUAAUCACUACACAAACUCCGCUAAUUGAUGUUGGCGUGCGACUGGCUGGGAAGGACCAAGCCGCUCUGUACAGCGAUGGCACCACCCUUCAAAACCAUCUCCUGAAACGCCAGGCGGCUCUAUACAUAUUUGGAGAGAAAUCUCAAUUACGGGGAUUCAAGUGUGACUUUGCGCUAAAUUGUGAAUUUGUUCCUGUUGAAUUUGGAGAUAUACGGCAAGUAAAGACCAGUUUUAAGAAGCUGAUGAGAGCCUGUGUGCCAAGCAGUGUUGCUGCAGACUCCGAAUUAACCUUCCUUAAAUCCCUGGGCGAGUCGGAGUGGUUCUUGCAGCUUCACCGGAUAAUCCAGCUUUCUGUGAUCAUCUCAGAACUGAUGGAGAGCGGAUCCUCCGUCAUGGUUUGCUUAGAAGAUGGAUGGGAUAUAACCACGCAGGUUGUGUCUCUGGUGCAGCUUCUCGCGGAUCCCUUUUACCGGACUCUGGAAGGGUUUCGGCUGCUCAUGGAGAAGGAAUGGCUUUCAUUUGGCCAUAAGUUUAGUCAGCGGAGUAACCUCUCAGUCAGCAGUCAGGGCAGUGGCUUUGUGCCGAUCUUCCUGCAGUUCUUAGACUGCGUUCAUCAGGUACAAAUUCAGUUUCCGACUGAAUUUGAAUUUAAUGGUUUUUAUCUGAAAUUCCUGGCGUUCCAUCACGUAUCCAACCGAUUUAAAACUUUCCUGCUGGACUCUGACUACGAGAGGCUGGAGCACGGAACGUUGUUUGAAGAUAAAGGAGAUAAGCACACGAGGAAGGGGAUAUGUAUCUGGGACUGCAUCGAUCGAAUGCACAGGAGGAGUCCAGUUUUCUUCAAUUACUUGUUUGCACCAAGCGCAGUGGAGGCGUUAAAACCAAGUGCCAACAUCUCCAACCUGAGAAAGUGGGAAUAUUACAUGGAAGAGACGCUGUCGUCAGGACCCUCCUACGACUGGGUGAUGGUUCCUUCCAGGUUAAACGCUGCGGAGGAGCUUGAUCAAGCAGAGGACACUGCCCAGCAGGGGAAGAGGAAAGUAGUCUGGCCAUGUUACGAUGAUGUCACAAAAGUACAGCCAGAUGCCAUCACGCACCUUAUGAGUGAAAUUGAGAGGUUGGAGAACAAGUUAAACCAGAGUUCAGAUCGGUGGCAGCUUCUGUGGGAAAAAGCAAAACUUAAACUCAAGGAAGAUGCAAAAAAGGAGAAUAUAAAUCUUGCCAAUCCUACAUCAGCCAACCUUCAAUCCUAUCAGAAGAGGUCAAUGGUGCAUCUUCCAGACAGUGGGCUGGGUGACGAACAGACUAUCAGCUCCUCUCCUUCCAAUGGAGUUGAUAGAAGAUCAGCAACUCUGUACAAUCAUUUCACCUCCAAAAACGAGGAGAACAGGUCAUUUGAAGGCAUUUUGUAUAAAAGGGGAGCUUUGCUUAAAGGAUGGAAACCUCGUUGGUUUGUUUUGGAUGUUACAAAGCACCAGCUUCGAUACUACGACUCUGGUGAAGACACCAGCUGUAAGGGACACAUAGAUUUAGCAGAUGUGGAAACAGUUGUACCAGCUGGGCCAACUAUAGGUGUGCCAAAACAUGUGAACGAGAAAGCAUUCUUUGAUGUGAAAACCAGCAAGCGAGUGUACAAUUUCUGUGCUCAGGACGCACAGAGCGCACAACAGUGGAUGGACAAGAUACAGAGUUGUAUAUCAGACGCGUAGAAAUCUUUCAACAAUGCAGCAGAAUGGAGGAGUUUGUGUUUCUUCUAAUUAAAGAGCAGUUUAUUUCAGGUAACACCUCUCCCAUGCGAAACACUAUUAAAGCGGACGGCUUACACCCUGCUACCUGCAAAGUGUAAGGGAAAGUGACACUAAGUAUUAUUGCAUUGCGGUGCUCUCUCUGGAACUUUCUGGCCUUUGAACCAUUCCCAUGAUGUUUACUUUUGUGGCGUUUGUACGUGAUUUAGGACUUUAAGGAAAUGUGGAAAUUUAAUAAGGAUUCUAAGUAUGGAGUGCGAUCGAUCGGAAACUGGCAGGUUUGACGUGUUUACAAAACAGUUCUGUAUAUUUAUUCCUUGAUUUUAUUCUAUGUUUGCAUCCAUUACGGGGACGGGGGGGGUGAAGUACAGUUAAAACAUUUUUUUUAAUUUUUUUUUUUUUAUUGCAACUGUACCGUAAGAAUAGCGAAUCAGAUCAACGCAGGAAUUAUCAUUCGACACACUACUCCUAGCACUUGCACUUACAACAAUGAACCACAGUCAUCUCUACCCAGGGAAAUUCCCUAAAUAUAUUUCACUAUGUACAGAAAUUGUGUAAAAUGUGAAGUGAUUGAUCUCUUAAAUGAAUUCCUUCGAUAUAUAUAUAUAUAUAUAUAUAACAUUUUAUCCAGGACACUGGAUACAUUUAUGUUUUUUUACCCUUUACGUAUCAGAGGAGUGAGCAAUGGUUUUCGUUAUUAAAGAUCCCUCUGCGACUUUAAAGGGUUAAACGAGGGAUAUUUACAGCCAAAAUGUAGGCAGCCACGCGCAGUGUUCAGAACGGCGUCAUUCACUAGCCAAUAGGAUUUUAAACACAUGUUCACGUGGUUGCCAUCUGUCUCCGGGUUUGUACUGUAUAUAAAUAAUUUUGUAAUGUUUUCAGAUUAAAACUAUGCUUGUAAUUUAACAACAGAACCUCUCUUGGUGACAAAGGCGUUGCAGCUUCCUCCAGCAGUUAUUUUGUGUUAAAUUAACCCAAACUCACUUUGUUACUGACGACCACUUUUUAUUUGUUUAAUUUCCCUAAAGCCACACUAUCUCGCUGCGCAGAACUCUUCAAAUUGGAGAAAAAAAUGCUGCCCAGUAGGAACAAGUUUUUUUACUUUUGUUUUUUAUUAUUAUUUGAAAUGAAGGCACAUGUCAGAUUUAGUCUUGAGUCUAAGUUGUCACAGGUGAAAAGUCACACUUUGCACAUUUAUAUUUUUCUUUGUAAAUUAAGUACUUUUCUAAACGUACUUUGUAAAAUACGGAACCCAUUGCUCAUUAGAUUGCGUUGGAGAAAAAAAUGUAAACACUUUAUUUUUUAACUGGUUUUAACAAUUUUAUGUAUUUGUUAUACGUAUAAAGCCAUCUCUUGUAAUAAAUAUAUUGCUGUAAA